AGAGGGAGGGUGUGAGGGAGAAGGAUAAAUUGCGAGCGUCCACGUUGGAGCAGCACUGACUCCACAGGUCUGGCCAUGGCGUUGAGAGGAGCCGGUGUGCUGCUGGGAGUGCUGCUGCUCCUGCACUGCUCAUUCCAGCAAUCCACAACCAGGAAGAAACCAGUGAAAAAAGAUACGUCAAAGGACACGGCAGUUGCUGAUCUGCAGAAACAGAUAGACAACAUCAUCCAGGAGCUCAACCUGCUGAAGGAGCAACAGGCUCUGCAGACAGUCUGUCUGAAAGGUAUGAAGACCCCGGGCAAGUGCUUCCUGGCCGAGCCCGUGAGGAAACGCUACCACACAGCCAGCGAGGACUGCAACGCCCUGGGCGGCGUCCUGGGCUCGCCCUCGUCCCCGGAGGAGAGCACCCGGCUCCGGGAGUACAUCAGCCAGAGCAUCGGCCCGGGGGAGCAGGUCUGGCUGGGCAUCAACGACAUGAUGACCGAGGGCACCUGGGUGGACCAGACCAGCUCCAAGAUCACAUACAAAAACUGGGACACGUCCAACUCCCGCUCCCCGCAGCCGGACGGCGGCAAGUCCCAGAACUGCGUGGCCCUGUCCAUGGCGUCCCAGGGGAGGUGGUCUGAUGAGAACUGCCGUGAUGAGAAGCCCUCAGUCUGCCAGUUCAACAUUGUUUAAUCACUUUUAUCUCAUUGUAAACUCUGUACUUUGUUAUAACCAGUACUCGAGUUGUAAAAAAAAGAAAUCAGGGGGGAUGGUGGAUUUUAUCAUAUGGGGACAGAUAAUUUGUGCUGAUUACAAAUAAUAUAAUAUAUUACAAAUAAUAGCAGUGACCAAAACACCUGCAGAAAUACUGCAGGAAUGACAUAGCAGCAGUUAAAUGCAGCCUUCUGUAAGCUUUAAAUAUCCACUGGACUUACAUCAAAUACA